AUGCACCAAUCACAACCUCAGGCUUCAACACCAGACAAUGGCAAGGCGUCACCAGAAGCGCCCCCUAACGAAGUGUUACCGGACGACAGAGUUGAGUCUGAGUCCAACGAGCUCCUGCCAGCUGAGAAGGGCGCAGUUUGGAGCGAGUGGACGGACUGGACGGAGUGCUCACUCACAUGCGGGAAGGGGCAGAAGGCGAGGUUCCGUGAGUGCAGGCUGGAUGGACGGGUGAGCAGGAGCGCGUGUGAAGGAGAGAGUCGGGAAGUCGACACCUGCAUGGACACUCCUUGUGCAAUUGAUGGACAGUGGGCCAGCUGGUCCAAGUGGUCGGUCUGCAGCGUGACAUGUGGCCAGGGCACGAAGAUCCGCGUGCGGGAGUGUAGCGACCCGGAGCCGCAGUUCGGCGGGAGGCAGUGUCCCGGUCGGAGGGGCGAGAUAGCCUACUGUAACGCCACGGAAUGUCCAAUCCACGGCGGUUACGGCCAGUGGUCGGAGUGGACGGAGUGCCACCCCUCCUGCGGGCGAGGCAUGCGGAACCGGACCCGGAAGUGCGACAACCCGCGGCCGCAGUUCGGCGGGGACCGCUGCAAUGGACUGUCCACCAUCCGGGCGAUAUGCGACGACAGCCCGCCCUGUCCUAUUGACGGUGGUUGGUCGGAGUGGACCACGUGGUCGCGCUGUGCGGCCAGCUGCGGCGUGGGGCAGCAGAUCCGGUUCCGCACCUGCAGGCGCCCCCCUCCCCAACAUGGCGGCAAGGACUGCGAAGGCUCCAGGAAGGACGCCAGGAAAUGCUGGCUGCCAAAGUGCCCGGAUCCAGUAAACGGGAACUGGAGCGCGUGGUCCACGUGGACCGAGUGUUCGGUGUCGUGUGGCCUCGGGUUGGUGCAGCGGACCAGGCAGUGCGACAACCCCCCUCCCCAACAUGGCGGCAUCUGCGUCGGCAACAGCACCGAGUUCUUAGGCUGUGACUCUGGAGUACACUGUGAUGCAGUAAACGGGCAGUGGUCUACCUGGGGCCCCUGGGUACCGUGCGGAGGAGAGUGCGCGGGGAAGACCCUGGAGAGGAUCCGAACCUGCUCCGACCCCGCUCCGCAGCACGGCGGGAAGAAAUGUGUCGGCAUCGGGAAAGAAGUGAGGACAACCCCGCGGUCCUGUCGUCAGAAGCAGGAGUUCGCAAGGGCCGACGGGAAGCCCACCCCUCCCAACGGUGUGCACGACAUCCUGGUGGGGAGGGAGACCGUCCCCGUCUUCUGUGACUUCCGGAGGCACGGAGGAGGAUGGACACUCCUCAUCAACAGCAUGACGACGCGAGGCUGGGAGGGUCACGUGACCCUGAGGAAUCCUGACAGUCCCAACCUGUCCAAAGACUACUCCAUCCUGAAGUACGCCGACACCAUCCGGGAUACAGGGACAGAGGGCUACUUUGAGUACCGCAUAGAAGCCGACGACAUCGGCAAAGGCAUCCUGCGCGUGAGCGAGAAGUGGGGCGGCAUCUGGCGGGCACCCAAUAACUACACCUUCACGGCGCGCAACUCAAGCCAGCAGGGCAUCGAGCUGGUGGAGCGCUUCCCGCCAAGACGGGACAACGACAACAUCGACAUGCGCAUGCCCUGGAUCCCCCCUCCCACCGACACGUCACCAGCCCUGCUGACGUCAUCAGAGCGGCGGUACGAGUAUGACUGGUGGGGGACGAUCAUUUCUAAGCAUCGCACAGGGUCGUACUACACCAACCCUAUCCACCCCUACCGACCCAACCCCGUCAGAAUUCUAUACUGGAUGAGAGAGGGUAGAGCUCCUAUAUACACCAAAUCGUAAGAUAUGCGUAACCAUCUAUGUUAAAGUUAUGAAAUAUUUCGAAAACAAAGCUAUAACUUAUACCAGAUUAUCAAACUAUUUACAACUUCGUUUUACGUAAUUUACGCCCACCUAAGUUUCAAAAGAUUUUUUUCUCUCCUUUUUUCUAUUUCUGACAUAAACGUAUUAGUAGAUCAAAGUUGCCAGGGUGUCUAUAUGGACUUGGACUAUAUCACCUAUGAAAGAAAUACGACUGUUUUCUUUACGUUUGUAUGUGGAUUUAAUACUGAGACUUAGCUAGGAGUUAAUCUAAGUGUUAGUUAGGUACUCCCUACCAGGGUAGCGAUAUACAUGUAACGGCGUCAUUUGAUGUAUUACUCGCAAUUCGUUCUCGUUACGAGCAGGUCUGACUAGAGCAAUGCGAUGAACUAUGGUUAUAUCAUUAUCUUUGUUUUCUGUAAGAAGGUGUAAAACAUUGCAAACGUGUGUAAGAAAACAAUACCAAUCGAGAAAACUCAGUGUGGAUUUAUACUCAUCUUGUUAAGGACAGAGAAGUAACUGUGCGGAAGGAUGUAUUCAGGUAUGUCUUCGAUGUAUUCAAAUAGGGCUGGUAAAUAUGUUACUAUGGACUGUGUCGUGAUAACAUUUGCUGUUCAGGAGUUAUAAUUUUAGCAAUGUGCAAGAGGCAGUCAGUGUUGGCGACUAUUGCAAAAGAGGAGGCCGCGUGGUAUGGUUAUUUGCUAUGUAAAUAUUUGAUUCCGCAUAUACGAUGUACUUGUGUAAUGUGUGUCUAUUAUUCAGCGUACCUAGGGACGAAAGGCAUAUCAAAACAAUAUUAGCGAAAACGUUCGCAUUAGCAAUAUGAUUAUAUACAAAACAGCGUCUGCUUGUUUUGUGUUCAUUCUAAUUUUAGAAUAAUUAAAGAUAUUAACUUAUAGCAAAGUUAUAGUCUUUUCCUAAACAUUGGACGAAGAUUUCUAAUUUUAGAAUGCUGCCUUAGGCUGUAUGAUAAGUGCUUAUUUCUCAACACGAUCAUUUAAGAGUUUACCUAAAAUAAUACACUUCAUGUUACCUGUAUUCCACAUAUUAUUCUGUUCGUGUAAAGCUCUACGUGUAAUGCUAUUUGUACACUGAGAAAUAAAAUGUUUUAUGUUUCUCCUUCCCUAUUAAAACAGCCUGAUUCCUAUACAACAAA